AUGCGGUUCAAGCACAUCGCGGCGAUCGCCGCCAUCUUCCACGCUCGUCAAGCCCUUUCUCAGGAGGUCGAGCCAACCCCGUCGGCGGGCGCCCAUCCUACUGUCGCCGGCCCACCGCACCUGAUCCACAAUCCAUCCGUGGCCUGGGAGAACUGCAUCAUCAACCCGUCGAAUGCGACCAAUCCGAACAUUUUCCCGCAGUUGGCUAGGCGCGCCCCGGAGCCUAACACAGAUCUGCAGGGGCUUUGCGCUCUCUUGCAGCCUGAUGCCGCAACAGGCAUCGAUGGCCUCCGCCAAGCGAUCCAAUUCCUGCCCGCCAGGUCCGGAAACAGCCGCGGCCAGUGGUGGCUCAUCCAAGGCGGCCCCGGCGGGUCCUCCAUCACCAGCCUACCUGGCCUCACCUUCACCAGUCCCCUCUUCGUCGAGCUGAUGCAAGAAUGGGACAUCGUCAUGUGGGACCACCCGGGAACCGGUUUCUCGGACAUGUUGGCCUGCCCCGAAGGCAUCCCAAGUACACCUGACAACGUCCAGCCGUGCCUUGACUACCUCGCAACCAACCAGAGCAUCAAGAUGGAGCAGUUUACGGUCGCCAACGCGGCCCGAUCCCUUCAAGUUGCACUCAACGCUACUCGCGCAGCCAACCCCGCCAGCAAAGUCAUCCUCCAUGCCAUCAGCUACGGAACCUUCUUGACCCAGAAACAUAUGUUGCUGUUCCCCAACACCGUCGACGGCUACGUCCUGGAAGGGAUCUCCUAUUUCCGCAACGGCUUCGAAACCACCGAUCGCGAUCGCAACACCGGGUCGUUUGAGCUCGCCAAGGCGUGUGCCGCCGACGCUGUGUGCUCAAAGUACUUUCCAUCACCAGACGCCUUUGCCGAAGCGAUGCUAUGGCGCAACGAUUCCCGCUGUUUCCAGGCCGCAAGCACCGGAGAAGACCAGGACAAAGACGCCGCGGUCAAGGAUCUCGUCACCAAAGCGCUAACCGAGGGCCGAUCGUUCGACGCCGAAGGCAAACCCACCGACUCCCGCGUCGACUUCCUCACCAACCUCUACCGCAUGAUCCGCUGCACCGACGCCGAUUUCGAAACCCUUCACGUACAAAACGCCACGGCCCCUCCCGACCACGCAGAAUCCCCCCUCAUCCGCCGCGCACCCAACCCGCUCUCCCUCCCCCAACGCGCCGCCAAUGCCGACAUCCUUCAAUCCGAAAUCCUCUUCAACGAGAUGUGGAAAUUCCCCGCCCCCGGCGAACCCCUCUACUCCCAACUCAACGAGACAUACCCGUACGCGACAAACAUGUACAACUGGCAGCAGAAACAUGCCCUCGAAAGCGCGAAAUGGCCUCUCCCCGCCGAGAACCCUACCUACCGCCAGGGCCCCGACAUGGCCGUGUUCAGGGUGCCGGUGUACCUCCAACAAGGCCGGCUGGACUGCCAGACCGUGUACACAGACACGGAGGAACUGUACCAGCACAUGGGCGCCGAGAAGAACGAGCGGUUGUGGUUCACCCGCUCCCCUGCGGCGGGGCACGGGGUGUCGAUGCUCGGCGCGCCGUGCGCGAGUGCAUCCGUGCGCGCGUUCGCCGGUGCGAUCGUCACGGGCAACAUCGCGGCGAUUGGAGCGGGACGAGACGCGGCGGGCAGGGCGUGUGGGAACGAUACGGUGGAUUUCUCGGCGAUGCAGACUGCGCUUGGGAAUGAGAAUCUCGUCAAGUUUAAUUAUACCGCCGGAGCGGUUGUCGAUACGAAGACCGGGAGGUUUGUGAAGGCGGUGCUGGGUGGUGGGAAUGGGACGGCUGGGGGAGCACCGAACGCUGGGCCGUCGGGUGGGGAGAAGAAUAACACUGGUACGGCGGAUAAGGCCAAAUCGGGUGCGGGGACGGUUGCGCCCAGGUGGGUGGGGGUUGUUGGACCGGCCGUCGUGGCUUUGUUGUUUGUUGGCGUGAUGUCGAUGUAA